CACCGGGAGGAGCAGGACAGCAACGCCGCGCUGCGCGCGCAGGUUGAAGAGCUCAGUAAGGAAAUCCAUGAUAAGAAGAAAAGAGAGAAGGGUACAUCUAGUGUAGAAGUACAGACAGAAGAUCAUGCUGCUUGGUCAGAAUCAGAUUAUUAUUAUUAUCAGAAUUAUUAUAACAACGUUGAGCCUCAAGAUAAUGCAUCUGAUCUACCUGUGGAGAAUGACCAUGGGAGUGAAGGUCCAACACACAAUUCUGCAGAUGAGCCGCAGGCAUGUGGUGACAUUCAAUCAGAUGUGGAUAACACAGAACAUAUUGAAUGUGUAUAUGGAGAAAACGUAAUCCAGAAUUCACAGGAAUCUGAAGGUACUUUGGUGUCCGAAGGUUCAUUAGCAGAAAGCUUGAGAGCCGCUGCUGAGGCAGCUGUAUCACAAACUGGAUUUAUUUAUGAUGAAAACACGGGAUUGUAUUAUGACCAUACCACUGGAUUCUACUAUAAUUCAGAAAAUCAACUUUAUUAUGAUCCAACCACUGGCAUUUAUUACUACUGUGAUGUAGAAAGUGGUCGCUACCAGUUUCAUUCACGAGUGGAUCUUCAGUCUUACCAGGCUUCAACCACUCAACAGACUAAGGAUAGAAAAGGGAAAAAGAAAAGAAAAGAUCCAGAUUCUAUUGUAUCAAAUGAAUAUAAGGAUUUGGACACAGAAGAGCAGAAAUCAUCCAGCAGUCUGAAUUACCUUUCCAUCACUGAGCAGAUAAGCUUUACUGAAGAGGAAGAGGCUCCAAAUGGGAGAAAAAAGGUUAAAGUGGACACUAAUACAAGAAGCAGUUUAACAGCGAAAGAAUCCGUUUCUGCGAAUAGCAUAAACUCACCCCUUAACAAAAAUACACAAGAUACAGCCGCAUUGAUGGAUGACAGUAGACUAGACACAGAGAGUGAGCCAGAAGAAGGUGAAAUUACUGACUCUGAAUAUGAAGAAUAUAGCAGUGAAGACAAAUUAACAAGUGAACAAAGUGUAAAUUCAGAAGACUCUGAAAAUGAAGAUGAAGAAAGAAUCUGGCCUCCCUGUAUCAGAGUAAUUGUGAUUAGAUCACCUGUACUACAGACUGGAUCGCUUUAUAUUAUCACAGCUGUGAAGCCUGCUACAAUCGGAAGAGAGAGAGAAAUGGGACAUACGCUCCAAAUUCCUGAGGUUGCAGUCAGUAAGUUUCAUGCAGAAGUAUACUUCAACCAUGAAUUGCAAAAUUAUGUUCUUGUGGAUCAGGGCAGUCAGAAUGGCACAGUUGUUAAUGGAAAUCAGAUUCUACAGCCUAAAACAAAAUGUGAUCCCUAUGUUCUGGAGCAUGGGGAUGAAGUUAAGAUUGGAGAAACCGUAUUAUCCUUUCACAUACACCCUGGCAGCGAUACAUGUGAUGGAUGUGAACCAGGACAAGUGAGAGCACACCUUCGCCUUGAUAAGAAAAAGGAAACUUCUACUUCUCCGGUGCUUAGCAAAGAAGAGAGAGAGUUAGUCAGAAGAAAAGCAUUAAAAAAAAUACGGGUAAAAUAUGGUUUACAGAAUACAGACUAUGAAGAUGACAAAGCAGUAAAGAAUCCAAAGUACAAAGACAGAGCUGGAAAACGUAGAGAGACUGUUGGAAGUGAAGGAACUUUUCAGAGAGAUGAUACUCCAGCUUCUGUCCAUGUUGAAAUUGGUGAUAGCAACAAAGGCCGUAAAAUGCUGGAGAAGAUGGGAUGGAAAAAAGGAGAAGGGCUAGGCAAGGAUGGUGGUGGUAUGAAGGAUCCAAUCCAGCUUCAGCUACACAAGACUCAUGCAGGUUUGGGUACAAGUAGACCAACUUCAGUUGAAGAUGUUUCCAUCAUCCAAAGCAAGAACAAAAAGAACUGGGACAAAGCAAGAGAAAGAUUUGCUGAAAACUUCCAGGAACCUAAACCACAGAAAGAUGCACCCAAGAUUAUGCCUUGGGUUAGAGGGACUGCAGAAUGAAAUCACUUAAUCCCAGCACAAGUUAAUUCCUGUAUGUAAAUAGUUUGGGAGAGUUUAUUUUUACUUUACCUGGGGGUGUGGGGAAGGGUACAUGUAAUAUACAAGUGUGAGGAAUGUCUGCAAAAUUAAUUGUAGUCUUGUUUGGUUUAUCCUAGUCUACAUUUAUGAAUGUGCAGUGAAUAAAUCAGAUUGCCCCCAGUUCUAGUUUUGAGGAAUGUGGAGAUGAAAAUACUUACUUGUCAUUUUUCAAGAUUAGGAUUUUUCUUCUUCAAAUUUGUCUAUUUUUUUAAUACAGUACUUCAACUGAAACAGUUUGAUUUUAAAAUGCUGUUCCAUACUUCAGACUUUUCUUUUUUUUACAUUCUAACUAAAAGAAAAAAAGCACGAAACAAUGCAAGAGCUUCACGUUGCCUUCCUUCUCUUGUAUGUUUGUUCAAGAAUUGUUGAGGCACAUCACUGCAAAGCUUAUAGAAUUCAGUGCUGAUGUGUCUCACUCCAUAUAAAAUUAAAUUCUUGGUAUUUUUAACGA